UUGCCACUGGCAGAAUGCCAAAGUGUUGUUGACGCACUCAUGUUUGCAACGCAUGUGACAUAGUCCAAAUUAUUACGGUGGCCCACAGCUGUUCACGGCAAAAAGUAGACGCACCACGGCAAAAGCAAAGGCGCUAUCGCAGUUUUUCGUUUGCAUGACGUGACAGCUGUUGUGGGCCACCGUACUUUAACCGAUGUCCGGUUUCCUUUUGUACGAUUGGAACCAACGGUUCCAUUUUCUUUUUGGACUUCAGGAGAAUAAUAAUUGUGUGGCCAAUUAUGCAGACUGACACGAGAUACACAGACACACCUGAUUAUGGUCAAAAAGGCGCCACGUCUUCCUACAAAGAUCGUGGGUCUUAUGGACGCGAUGGCCCCACGGCUCCGGAUGAGGACUUACCACCGAGUACGGCCCCCGUCAACGGUGGUUCUGGCUAUCGGUCAUUUGGUGAUGUUCACCACAUCGGAAACACUGCGGACAACGACAUCUACCGAGUCACCCCAAACAUCGAAUACGAUGAGGUGUUCACUGAACCGAGCUCGAUGAGUCGUCCGUACUGCUCUAUAGUUUGGCUAAACCGCUUGAUCUUAACAACCACCCAGGUUGCUGUAAAUGUCAUCUUCAGCGUCCUCUUUGGGGUAAUUCUCUCCUUCAUCUGGGGUAUCGUCUUCGCGCUCGCCAACGUCUACACCGUGUAUUUCAUGCAGCCGCUAGCCAAAUUGACCUUCGUGUUGUUUCGCCCUUUUGCGAUGAUAUUUAGAGCGAGUGUCCGAUCGUUCCUGGAUCCGUUUUACGAAUCAUUCGGGCUCAUGUUUUCCCGGAUUAGGGGAAGUUUCUCCUUGAAAGCUUCCGGCUUCUUACCCAUCGUGGCGAGGAAUGAAUGCGCUUCGAUCCAAGAAGUCUGAGUAGAGUUAUUUUCUCAAUGCGCGAUAAGGGAGAUUUGCAAAAAUGCGGAAACGCGAAGUGUAACUUUGAAUUUUGUUCUUAAUUAUUCAUUCGCUUGUCAACUAGUAACAGUUGCUUUGGUGCGGGCAAGUUUCUGAUUUUUUUGAUUUUUUUCUAUUAUAGUACAAUAUUUCUCUUUAAAAGGUAUAUGUACUUUUUCCUAAAAAAAA